UCAUAAAUGUUCAGUUGAGCCCAAUCAUAUGAUCGUCUGCCUCACUGCUAAGUGUUCCUGUGUACUGCUGUUGUGACUCUCCCUCCUCUAACUCGUCUCACCAUGGCUCUCAGCGAUGCCGGCGUCCAGAAACAGAUCCACCACAUGAUGGCCUUCAUAGAACAGGAGGCCAAUGAGAAAGCUGAAGAGAUCGAUGCCAGGGCAGAGGAGGAAUUCACCAUCGAGAAGGGACGAUUGGUGCAGCAAAACAGACUCAAGAUCAUCGAAUACUAUGAGAGGAAGGAGAAGCAAGUCGAGCUGCAGAAGAAGAUUGGCGCCAGUAACCUGCUGAACAAGUCUCGGCUGGAGGUACUGAAGGCGCAGGAGAACCACAUCCGUAACGUCCUGCACGAGGCUCAGGGCAAGCUGGUGAUCCUGACACAGAACCCUGAUGCAUACACCAGGCUGCUGCAGGACCUCAUUUGCCAAGGACUCUGCCAGCUGUUGGAGCCCAGUGUGAUGCUGAGGUGCCGGCGCCAGGACCAAGCACUGGUGGAGAGGUCCAUUCCCGGGGCAUUGGCCAGCUUCAAGAGCAUUGCUGGCCGGACAUCCAAGGUGGAUAUUGAUACCACCAACUGGCUCCCCGCUGAGAUCUGCGGUGGUGUGGAGUUGGUGGUGAUGCCAGGGAACCGCAUCAAGAUCUCCAACACCCUGGAGGCGCGUCUGGACAUGUUGGCUCAGCAGAUGUUGCCUGAGGUGCGCACCAUGCUGUUUGGCGCCAACCCCAACAGAAAGUUUGACAAUUAAAGGGCUGUUUGUGCUCACCUCUGUCUCUCUUAGCUCUCUCUACCUAUGUCUCUCUUCUGACUAACUUCCUUGCUGCAUUUCUUUGGUCCUUCUUUCACCAUUCCCUCUGUCUGAUCUUCAUUUAUUGCUCCUUUCAUUUUUCAUUCUUUUUGUCCUUCCUUCUCUCUCUCUCUCUCUCUCUCUCUCUCUCUCUCUCUCUCUCUCUCUCUCUCUCUCUCUCUCUCUCUCUCUCUCUCUCUCUCUCUCUCUCUCUCUCUCUUAGUAUCAGUGUCGGCCCGAAGCACAAGACUUCAUUGCUAAUCUUGUUGUUGUGUCGUCGUCCUCACCAGGGAAGGGAAGCCUCGUGUCUUCCUCUUGUACAUACAGACUCGCUGGCCACGGGACUCAUUGGUACUUAGUUAUGAUGUAUUGAAGACUUCUAUCUGUUAUGAGAGUAAAGGGAUUUAUGAUAAGGAUUCUAGUAUUAGUUGUAAGGGGUUUGUAUUGUUUUGUUGGUGGUGUUGUUACUGCUGCAGCUUCCUUAUGAGGUGGGAAGUGGUGAUUGUAGACUGGUGGUGUUGUUAUUAUUAUUAUUAUUAUUAUUAUUAUUAUUAUUAUUAUUAUUAUUAUUAUUAUUAUUAUUAUUAUUGUUAUUAUUGUGAUUUUUAUUAAGUAGUAUUGGUGAAUCAGUUUACAAGUCAGUUUUGAAUGACAAAAUUUGUAUAUCAGAAAUGAUUAGAUUUGUAUAAAAUUUUACAAAUUCCUGGAUUUUGAAGGUAACUUUUGUGCUUUACUAAAUCUACAUUCUCAAACGGAGACAAAAGAUGAAAUCAUUUUUACUCCCAGUUUCCAGAAUUUGUAAAUAUUGAUUCACCUGUAUUAGAAUGAAUUAUUGCUGACGGUAUUAAAAUGUUGAAUAGAUUGGCAUAGUAACCAAACAGCCAUCACCGUCACUCACACACUCACACUUAACACUUGUCACCUCAGAGGAUCAUGUCUUCAAUUACUUUCCAACACAGAAAUUAGCAACAAAGAGUCUCCAGGUUGUGGCCAGCAGUGGCUCUGUGACUAUAGAGGUGUUACCAUCCUGCAGAUGAGGUGAUGUUAAGCCAGCUGUCCUUGGUGUCUUAGCAGUCUGUCAGUAUUGGGCUGGCUCAGUCAAAACAUUCCAUUCAACAGAGUUCAGUUGUGUACAUAGCAAGUCAUUCCUCUCCCUCACUGUUGGUUUACCCAGGGAAGUGUCUCUUUAAUCUACCAGGGGGCAAAGUACUGAAUAUGCAAGUAUGUGUAACGAAGAUUUUAUCAGUGUCAGAAGUCUGUUGGCAAUUCACACUGCUGACUGAUGAAGAGGUGUGGUCUAUCUGUCUGUCUGUCUGUCUGUCCAGCUCCAUUUAACCGUUUCAUUGCCACAUCCAGCACUUCACACCACUAAGGACACACUGCAAGAUCUGUUAUAAGCACAGACAGAUAAAAAGAGACAGGAUAAAGGAACCCAUAUGGUGUUCAGUGGUGGCUGGAGAACAAAAAUUAAUGUGUGGUUUGUCAAAUUGCAGGAAACAGGUUAAGGAGGGAAGUUAAGUGGCUGUCUUUCUUGCUCUACCUUGCUAUUGAUCAUGCAAGAGUCUGUUUUUUCUCUUAUUUUCUCUAUCCAUCAUUUGUUGCUAAAUUGCAGGCAAACAGUGAAGCAAAACAUUCACUUGUCCCUCACUAUUGAUCAUGCUAGGUUGUGAUGCCUCUCUGUUCCCAAAAGCAUGUGUGUCUAUCCAUCACUCACCUUUAAACACCUCAUUGCACAACCAAGUAUUCUCCAUGGCUGACUGGUUGCCCUUUGUAAUGCCAUGAAUGGCCGUGAACAGUGAUGCAUGAACACGUGUUAAUGGUUUACGAGCUGCUGUUGUUGCUGCAGAUCGCUUAGCAGAAAGUGGCUCUCCAGUGCUUAGUACAGUAUGUGGUGUGAAUGUUUUAUUUGGUAAUCUUUCCAGCGUGUUAUUUAUUGAUGUUGCCUUGACUCUGGAUAUCUUCCACCCACCAAGAAAUAUAAGGUUGUGAUUAUAGAAAGUGAAGGGGUGAGGAUGGACCAGGUCAGAGGAAUAUGAUGAACAGAAAUUGAAAUGUAAACUUGUAAAUCCCAAAUGUUGUAAAUACAGUUUAAACAUUAGUACAUGUGAAAGAAGAUAGUUAUUGUUACUGCAAAUGUUAAAGGUAUAAAUCACAUUAAUGGCUGGUAAAUAAAGUUAUUGGCGUUAUUGUGAGAAAUGUGUACUCGAAGAAGAGAUGCCGCAUUGCAAACUAAUUUACUGUGACUUGAGACAAUAAAACAGGAGUGAUAGUAGGUACCCAGGCAGGCAGACAAACAGACAGAUUGACAGACACAGACAGAAGCAAGAAUGAAACCAAUACCUGCAAAAAAAAACUGGAACAUACCUUUUAAUUAACUCAUUCACUGCUAUCAGGUCAAUCUUUCCCUAAUCACUAAACUCUCGGGACAUUUCUCAUUCACCCACCAAACAUUACCAGCUAGAUAUCCCUAUAUGUAUUACUUUCCUCAAGCCAUUCUAGCAGGUUAUAAAAAAAACACACCACUCUUUUUGCCAUAAACUCUUCAUGUCGCAGUGAAGCUAAAACAAGGCACAGCAUCCCUAAGACUGACUUCUCUACCCCUCUUUCGUCCUUUGAUGUUACUGUUGUUGGUAUAGUAAGUGGCAGUGAGUCAUGAAAAGUAAAUAAAGGGUCAUGUACAUAUA